UGUCUUGUAUUUAUGGCAAGAAGCCUUGAUUCUUGUGGGCAAGAGCUAGUCUUUUUUGUCACAAAUGGAAGAUAUGCUGAGCGAGAAAGAAAGAAAGAUGGAUUUGGAGACCUCCUUGUAAUGUUUCUUGCUCAAAUGAGUAUUCCAACCACAGUUGCACUUUGCAUACACAAAAAUUAAAAAGAAACAAAGAAAAUCUCUCUCUCUCUCUCUCUCAUUAUUACUUCACUAUGUCCACUAUAAUUUUGUGGUUGCUGGUGCUACUGUCUCUGAGAUGCUCAUUUCAGCAAGCAGUGUUAUAAUAGGAGGUUGUUUUUGGCAUAUCUUGUUCCACCUUCAAAAAAUACAUUAGAUUAAGUUCUUGCAUGAAGUCUUUUUUCUUUCCAAAUCUAGCAAGAAUCUGGUUCAAAGGGAAAGUUAAAAUUCUAAGGGAAAGUAAGCACACACAGAACAAAGUUCUCUUACAAUUUGCACAAAGAAUUUCCUACUAGCAAAGAAAGGCAUCUCCAAGUUCACUUAUUCUUGAAACAUUGCUGCACUCCAAUAGUCACCAUUCUCAUCAAUCUUCACCUCCCCAAAUCAAAGUUAUGGAGAAAAGCUUGGCUUCUCUCUGUGCUUCAAUGGUCACUGCUCUUCUGCUUCUUGAAUCAGCUCUAAUUCAAGGAGUUGAAGGUGCUAUUGGAGUCAAUUAUGGUACUGUGGCAAACAACCUUCCUCCACCAGCACAAGUAGCUCAUUUUCUUGUAGAAUCCACCAUUAUCGACCGUGUUAGACUGUUCGAUACGAAUACCGAAAUCUUAGAAGCAUUUGCUCAUACUGGGAUUGCAGUCACAGUCACUGUCCCUAAUGAUCAAAUCCCUCACUUUGCCAAGCUGAGCAAUGCUCAAGAAUGGUUAAAAUCCAACAUCCAACCUUAUGUUCCUACCACUAAUAUCAUCAGAAUUUUAGUUGGCAAUGAAGUUUUAUCAACUGCAAACAAAUUGAUAAUAGCAAGCCUCGUUCCAGCAAUGCGAACCCUCCACACAGCCCUUGUUGGAGCAUCAUUAGACACUAAAAUUAAAGUCUCUACACCUCAUUCUUUAGGCAUUCUCUCAACUUCAAGCCCACCUUCGACAGGAAAAUUUCGACAAGGCUAUGAUAUUCAUGUGCUUAAACCAUUGCUUAGCUUCCUUAGAGACACCAAUUCACCUUUCAUGAUCAAUCCAUAUCCAUUUUUCGGAUGCUCGGAAGAUACUCUUGAUUAUGCACUUUUCAGGGCUAAUUCUGGAGUGGAAGAUGAAAACACCAAACUUGUUUACACAAACAUGUUAGAUGGGCAACUUGAUGCAGUCUUUUCAGCUAUGAAACUUCUUGGUUUCACUGAUAUUGAUAUAGUUAUAGCUGAAACCGGGUGGCCUUCUAAUGGAGAUUCAUCACAAGUUGGAGUUGAUGCAGAAAGUGCAGCUCAGUACAAUGGAAAUCUCAUGAAGCAUGUAAUGUCUGGUGCUGGAACUCCUCUCAUGCCAAACCGGACUUUUGAGACUUACAUUUUCGCUCUCUUCAACGAAAAUCUCAAGCCUGGACCUACUUGCGAGCGGAAUUUUGGAUUGUUUCGGCCAGACAUGACACCAGUGUACAAUAUCGGAAUCCUCCGGUCCACGGUAGCCGCCGCUGCCACAUACCACCAUCUUACAUAUUUGUUAAUCGCUAGUUCAUCAUUUCCAAGGAACCCAACCCCGGAGCCGCCGGUCGUUGCACCGGUGAGUCAAGAGCCUGCAGGGGCGCCACUGCAACAGGGGAAACGGUGGUGUCUUCCUAAAACAGGAGCAGAUAUAGAGGCUCUGCAGAGGAAUAUUGAUUAUGUGUGUGGGAUGGGAAUGGACUGUGGACCCAUUGUAGAUGGUGGUGAGUGCUUCCUGCCUAACACAGUAAGGGCACAUGCAGCAUUCGCCAUGAAUGCAUAUUAUCAAGCCAUGGGAAGGAAUGAUUAUGAUUGUGAUUUUCAACAAACUGGUGCUAUCAGCAGCUUGGAUCCAAGCUAUGGAAAUUGCAAGUAUUGAUUUUGGUGCAAUGAAGGCCAAGGAGAAGAAGCACUUUUGCACACAUUCUUUUGUUUUUUUUUUUUAAUAUUUUCCCCUAUUGUUUUAGGGAUAAAUAGAAAUAUAUAGACUAUAAAAAUAUAGACAAUGGAAAUUCAUAA